AAAUCCGCUCAAUUCAACCUAUGAAUGCCUGUUAAUCAUCCAUGAAGGUGACAAAACCCAAUAGAUUUAGGAAUAAUUGUCUUAGAUAGAACUCCAAUUCCUCGAGAGAAGGAAAAAUCUUGCGAACGACGCCUGUUCCCGCCUUGCCCUCUCGAACCCAACCUCAGUUUACUUCAGCACAAGCGAUUCGAGUUCUUGCUCCUUCACCUGCAAACGCCCAUGAAUGCGCCAAUAAUCGACCCUCUGCAGGGAGAUUUUCCGGAGGUUAUAGAAGAGUUUCUGGAACAUGGAGUGAUGAAAUGCAUCGCCUUUAACCGUCGUGGUACUCUUCUAGCAGCUGGAUGCUCUGAUGGAAACUGUGUUAUCUGGGAUUUCGAGACCAGAGGCAUUGCUAAGGAGCUUAAAGACAAAGAUUGUGUGUCUGCCAUAACUAGUGUCUGUUGGUCGAAAUAUGGCCACCAAAUUCUUGUAUCUGCUGCUGAUAGGUCCUUAACACUGUGGGAUGUUCUCAAGGGGGAGAAAAUAAACCGCAUAACUCUGCAGCAGACCCCUUUACAAGCUCGUCUGCAUCCGGGAUCCUCUAGUCCAUCUCUCUGCUUGGCAUGCCCACUUUCAUCUGCUCCUAUGAUUGUCGACUUAAAGACAGGAAGCACGAGUCUGCUUCCAGUUUGUAUAUCUGAUGCAGAUAUGGCGUCUUCCCGCGGCAAAGUAUCAGAUGGAACUCCACCUUUCACUCCUACUGCGGCUUGCUUUAACAAGUAUGGUGAUCUAGUUUAUGUAGGGAAUUCGAAAGGUGAAAUACUUAUAAUAGACUAUGAAAGAAUUCAGGUACGGGCCAUGGUUCCGAUAUCUGGAGGUGCUGUUGUCAAGAACAUAGUAUUUAGUAGAAAUGGUCAAUAUCUGCUCACUAAUUCUAAUGACAGAACAAUUAGAAUAUACGAAAAUCUCCUCCCCAACAAAGAUGGACUGAAAGUCAUGGAUGAAAUCAUGAAAGAACUCGAUAGGCUCGAUGGUGCUGAGAAGCUGAAGGCUGUUGGAACUAAGUGUUUAACUCUUUUCAGGGAGUUUCAAGAUUCAAUCACUAGAAUGCACUGGAAAGCACCUUGUUUUAGUGGUGAUGGUGAGUGGGUUGUUGGUGGUUCUGCGAGCAAAGGCGAACACAAGAUUUACGUUUGGGAUAGGGCGGGUUAUCUUGUAAAAAUCCUCGAAGGUCCCAAGGAAGCAUUGAUUGAUUUAGGCUGGCAUCCUGUUCAUCCCAUUGUCGUCUCUGUUUCACUUACUGGCUUGAUUUAUAUUUGGGCCAAAGACUAUACCGAGAAUUGGAGUGCUUUUGCUCCUGAUUUCAAAGAGCUUGAGGAAAACGAAGAAUACGUAGAAAGAGAAGAUGAAUUUGAUCUGAUUCCUGAAACUGAAAAGGUCAAAGAACCUGAAAUUAAUGAAGAUGAAGAAGUUGAUAUUGUAAAUGUGGAGAAGGAUUCAGCUUUCAGUGAUUCAGAUAUGUCACAGGAUGAACUAUGCUUCUUGCCAGCAAUCCCGUGUCCCGACGUUCUCGAGCAGCAGGAUAAGUGUGUAGAAAUUUCGUCCAAAAUGAUCGAUAAUAACAAUUCUGGAUCCCCACUUUCAGAGGAGGCUGGUGCAAAUGGCCGUACAACCAAUCAUGCAUCAAGUCCAAUGGAAGUUUUGGACAACGUGGAUGAUGCAGGAGGAACACGAAUGAAACGAAAACGAAAACCAUCAGAGAAAGGACUGGAGUUGCAGGCAGAGAAGGUGAAGAAACCCUCUAAACCUCCAAGUAGAUUGUCAAAAUUUAAAACUAAGUCCAUGGUUCAUCAGGAUAAUAGUAAUGGUACGUAUGGUGAUGAAAUUUCUGAUGAAUAGCAGUAGCAAAAAUCUGAAUUUUUUUCCUUUUUUUUAAAAAAUUUAAUUUCACUCAGUCUUGGUUAGAUUAUUUUUGCAUAUUUCCUGCAUCAUCAAGUCAUAUCAUAUGAGUAAAAUUAUCUUAAUUCCAGCUGCCUCCAUAAUUUAAAUCACUUGCCUUAGUUUAUUUUUCUGGAUAACAGUGUUCAUAUCACCCUCACCCCCAGCUCGACCCAUGGAAUCGAUCGCUUUGUAUUUUUCGGGUAGGACUGAACCGAACAGUUGGAUAUUUUUAAGAUUUGUUU